AUGUACUCCUGCGGCGGACAGAACGGCUCCGUAGUACUCAAGUCCACCCAGGGACUCUUCGAUGUCGCGGAUAGACCAAGAGUUAUCGAGCAGUAUGGCUGUGUGGUUAUGGAGGUUGAGGAUUACAUUGAUGGCAUCAACCAUCCUGAAUGGGGCAGAGAGAAGAAACAGAUCUUUGGCCCAGAGGAUGGUCCGUAUGUGUUGAAGGCGAAAUAUGUUUUUGGACUUGAUGGUUAG